AUGAGGAUUUCUGGUUUGUUCCAGGGUUCAGUGCUAGCAGAUGCAGGCCGUUACCAGGAGGCCCUGGAGCGGUUCCACAGCUGCAUCCGUCUGCAGCCUCGAGACCCUGAGCCUUUGAAGCAAGUCGCUAAAUGCUUGUUCUGUCAAGGUCGCUACCAGCUGUCCCUGGAGGCGUACCUAGAAGCUGAUAAGCUCACCAAGCAUCCUGACCCGGAGAUUUAUUGUGCUUUAGCGGAAUGUGCAUGGAAGUUAGGCGACACAGAGAGGGGGGUGGAGUGGGCGCGCGCGGGGGUGCAGGCAGGGGGUGCGGAGCGCGCGGGGGCGCUGCUGGCGCGACUACUGCUGGCUGCUGGUGACGUCACUGGCGCUCUGAACGCUUAUGACCAGGCACUAUCCAACCACGCUUGUGGUGCGGACACGUUAGCAGCAGCCGGUGCGCUUCGCCUACGAGCGGGCGACCCUCGGCGCGCCUUCCAACUCCUAGGCGCCGCGUUAGCUCAGCAGCCGACGCAGCACGCCGCAGCGUUAGCCCUGGCGGCCAUGAUGCUGCAGCACCGAGACCUAGAUGCGGCCCUGGCGAGGCUGAAGGCGGCCUUAGCAGCGCACCCGAGCUGUGUGGCAGCGCACACUAAUCUGGGCUUAGCGCUGUUGGCGAAGAAGAAAUACGUUGCGGCCCUGACAUGCCUGCAGCGCGCCGCGUGGGCCGCUCCUCUCAGCUCUCGCUCAGCACACGACCUGGGCCUGGCGCUGCUGGUGUGCCGCCGGCCCGCCUCCGCCUUCUGCCGCCUCGCCGCUGCUGCUGCUAUGCGUCCUACACAGCCGUAUAACGUGCUGCUCAUAGGCGUAGCAUUAGAGCGCUUAGGAGACAGCCGCUCCGACGCAGCGUACGCCAGGGCAGCUGCGUUAGCGCCUGAUGACCCUCUAGUUCGACUCAACUUGGCCGGGAGACACGCGAGAGCAGGCCGCCUGGAGCCGGCUAUAGAGGAAGCUGAUGUUACUGCUAAAUUGCUGCAGAUGAUGGAGAAGCCUGACCCUCAGCUGGCAAGCUCCCUAGCAACCCUCCUGGCCCUGCUGAGGGAAGCAGGCGUGGAGCUGUCCCAGCUACCAACCAACAUCCCGAUGGAGGAUGUGGCGGUACCAGACGCAAAUGACGUAGUCACUCCUGAUGAAGAAGAGCAUUUGACGGCUGAUGAAGUUUGAACUGCAUUUGUUAUCAUCAGAACAAAACGAUAGAACGAACAGCAAGCCUUGUCGUACUCCCACCAUUAGUUCUGGGAUAUGACGAUCUUUACGAUGAAGAUAAUUCAAGACCAAGAGAAAAGCACCCAUUCCAUCAA